UUUCAUUCAGUCCGGAUGUCGGAGAUCAUAUUCCCACCGGACUUUGCUUGGGGAGCGGGAACUGCAGCGUAUCAAAUUGAAGGUGGCUGGCAGGCAGACGGUAAGGGACCGAGUAUCUGGGACACAUUUUGUCACGAGGAAGGCAGAGUGUUUGGGGAGCAGAAUGGAGACGUGGCCUGUAACAGCUAUGAGCUGUGGGAGAAGGACUUGGAGUGUAUCCAGCAGCUUGGACUGACGCACUACCGCCUGUCUUUCUCCUGGGCCCGCCUUCUGCCUCACGGGACCACACAGCAUGUCAAUCAAAAAGGUGUACAAUACUACAACAAAGUGAUUGAUGAUUUGCUGGCUUGUAACGUGUCGCCGAUGGUCACCCUCUACCACUUUGACCUGCCCCAAGCUCUCCAGGACCAGGGCGGCUGGAAGUCACCGUCAACUGCAGGCUUGUUUGACAGUUACGCCCGGUUUUGCUUUCAGACAUUUGGUGACCGCGUCAAACUUUGGAUCACGAUCAACGAGCCGUAUGUGUGCGCCAAGCUGGGCAACGAAGACGGCAUCCAUGCCCCGGGGUUACGAGAGAAAGGCACCGCUGCCUACUUGGUGGGACACAACAUGCUGCGUGGCCACGCCAUGGCCUGGCACAGCUAUGACUCUCUCUACAGGCCGCAGCAGAAGGGCGCGGUGUCUCUGGCCAUCAACAGUGACUGGAUUGAGCCGUUAGACCCGGGCCGCGAGGCGGACGUCGCUGCCGCUGAACGUGACCUUGCGUUUACGCUGGGAUGGUUCGCCUGGCCCGUGUUUGUCACCGGAGACUAUCCAGAAAUAAUGAGAUCCGCCAUAGACGCUCAGAGCGCAAAGCUGAAACACAGUGGUGAGUCGAGGCUGCCCCGCUUCUCUGAGGAUGACCCUACGAUUUUGGGAACGGCCGACUUCUUCGCGUUGAACCACUACACGUCCCGCAAAGCCACGGCUGGAGGAGACUGUGAGGAGACGCUGUGCAUGAAGAGCGACCGUAAUGUAGAAGAGGUUGUGGAUUCUUCCUGGCCCAUCUGUGGUGUGUCCUGGCUGGCUGUAGUUCCCUCCGGCCUGAGAAAACUCCUGAAGUAUAUCAAGGACACUUUCCACAACCCGGCGGUUUACAUCACGGAGAAUGGAUUCUCUCAGGUGGGGCCGCUGCAAAUUGAGGAUGUCCAUCGCUGUCAGUUUUACAAGGACACUAUAUUGGAAGUGGCUAAAGCUAUAGAAGAAGAUGGGGUGGACGUCCGUGGGUACUUCGCCUGGUCACUAAUGGACAACUUUGAAUGGGCCGAUGGGUUCAGUGUUCGCUUUGGAUUAUUCCACGUGGACUUCUCUGACGCCGAGCUCAGUCGGACAGUGUACCGUUCUGGGAAAGAAUAUGCCAAGAUCAUCGCAAAAUACACAUCAGGUCAAUCGAAAUAAAAGCAAUUGUUCCAUUGACUUGAUUUGUUUCUUUGCAAUCUUCAAAAAGACACAAAUUGGAUCAACCCAAUAGACCUCACUUACUGCUACACAGUCUACAUCCCAGAAUUACAAACAUAGUGUUUCUUUUUGGCUGAGACACGAGGCUGGAGGACGACUCCAACAAGCAUCCGUCUGAUAGCAAACUAGACUUCAGCCGGAGAUGUGAAGACACAGGCAUAUCGGGCUGUGUUGAUUUAGUUGAACUACAAUUAGUAUUCUGUCCUGUGCAAUUCCCAGCCAGCCUGCACAAGUUGGUUUAUGGAGGGCCGAAGCAGCUGUGAGGAUACAGGGCCAAUCUACUGCAGCUGCUUCACGCGGCUGCACAAGAACUGGCAUUAGCAGCGUUAUUAUGCACAUAUAUGCAUUAUGUAGACCCUCGAUUGUUUUAGUCGCCCAUCCAAUUCAGCAUGAUCUCAUGCAGCCCUGACAA